AUGCAGAUACUCCAGACUUUAAGCCAAACCAGCCUUGAUGUCCACAUACUAUGGACAUCGGUGUUUCUACGCAUGGCCUCAUACAGCCUCACCAACCAAGUGCUCACACUAUUCCUCAAACAGUGCCAGAUCUCCGAGCUGCAAAUCGGCUGGUUCAUGACGUUGACGCUAGUAGGAGACACCGUCAUCUCCUAUGUGCUAACAUGGAACGCCGAUAUUUUGGGACGUCGCAACAUUAUGAUUGUGGGGUCGCUAAUGAUGUUGGUGUCGGGUUUAGUAUUUGCUACAUCUACAAAUUUCACGGUGUUGCUCGUUGCGGCGAUUUUGGGGGUGGUUUCGCCGAGUGGCGAUGAGACUGGUCCUUUCAAGACUGUGGAAGAAGCAAGUAUCGCUCACUUGACCCCCGCUGGCUACAGACCGGAGGUAUUUGCCAUAUAUGGCGUGUUUGCGACUACGGGCGCGGCCUUGGGCAGCUUGGUGUGUGGAUUCGUGGUUGAUUAUUUGCACCAGCAGCUAGAGUUUGAGUUGGUUCGGUGUUACCAGGUUGUGUUUUACGUUUAUGCUGCGGUGGCCAUGGUGAAGUUUGCCAUUAUGUGGUGCUUGUCUAGCAAAUGCGAAAUCUACCUGGACAACUCCCCCGUGGAUGAAACCUCAACACUAAUAGAAGGAGAACUACAGGAAGAGGAAGAAGAAGAGGACGAAGACGAAGCUCCGCUUAAGCGAGGAGGACACCUCUCACCACAGACCAGACACUACCUUUCCAAGCUCAUGGUGAUAUUCAUGUUGGAUUCAUUAGGCUACGGAUUCAUGCCCUCGGCAUGGAUAGUCUACUACCUCAAAUUGACAUUCAAACUCAGCGCCGCCGUGCUCGGUACCUUGUUCUUUGUGACAAACUCCCUAGAUGCAAUCUCGCUUCUUCCCUCGGCGUACUUGGCGAAAAAAUGGGGUCCCGUCAAAGCCAUGCUAUUCACGCAAGCACCCUCGGCCAUCUUGUUUGCGCUCAUCACUUACUGCCAUUCCUUCCCCCUCGUUGCAAUAUUGCUCGUGCUAUAUUCGCCCAUGUCGACGAUGGACGUGGUGCCGCGCCAAGUUUUGCUCACUUCCAUCAUGCCCAAACAGGACAUCACCAAAGUCAUGGGCACGGUGAAUAUCGGCAAAACCAUGGCGCGGUGCGUGGGGCCCAUCAUAACUGGCAAAUUGGCCGAGCACAACAGGCUCAACUUGGGGUUCUUGAUCAACUGCGUGUGUCUCAUCUUGGCCGACACGGUGCUAGCUAUAAAUUUCAUCCACUUGGAUCAUGAGAUCAUCCAAACCCAACGCAUAGAUUCGUAA